AUGCCUAGCAGUAACACUGACUUUACACAGAGUACAAUGGAACCAGUUAUUGUCCAAGAAAUUGAACAAGACAGCAGUGAAAUAAAUAUAUUUACUAAAAAUAAACUGCAAGAUCCCUAUGAUGAAGACGAGAGUGAACAAAAAUUCUUGCUUUCCAAACCGACUUGCUUCAUCAUCAUUGGGAAACCUGGCUGUGGAAAGACAACUUUAGCACAAAAAUUGGCUCAAUUUUGGAAAUGUGAACUUCUAAAUGCUAAUAUGUUGCUGUCUGAAAUUUUGAGAUCAUCUGAUGAUAGAGCUAAUACAGUAUGGCAGGUUUUGUCUAAAGGAGAACAAGUUUCUGAAGAAAUAGUUUUUCAGUUAUUAGAACAGAAAAUCAAUUCCCCUGAGGUUGGACAUCAUGGUUAUAUUCUUGAUGAUUAUCCAAACAUUUGUGAAGACUUCAUGAAUAUCCAGGAUCAAUUAGAGCGAAUGAAAACCUGGAAACUAACCCCAGACUUCAUCAUAAACUUAAGGAUACCUGAUGAAGAUUUGCUAACCAGACGUAUUUCCCAGCGAAUUGAUCCACAAACAGGGACUAUUUACACUGAAGAUGUAUACAAUUAUAUAAAGCAAGAUAAAAAGGAAACAAAAACAAGUGAAGAAGAAACAGAGGAAGAUGUAGAAGAGAAUGAGGAAGAAUCUGAUGAAACUGAAGAACUUUCCCCUGAAAUUGUUAAGAAUCUUUUGACACGUCCUGAAGACUUACCUGAACAAGCAGAUAGAAGUAUUCAAAAAUAUAAAUCAAAUAUGCUGAGAAUAAUGGAAGAAUACAUGAUUGAUUAUGACCGAGAUCAUGUCAUAGAGCUUGAUGGUAACCAACCAGUUGAGGUCUUAGUUCAGCAAAUAAUAACCAAAUUGCAACUUUUUGGUCUGGCUCCUGCGGCUGUGCUGCAACGUUUGUAUGAUGAAGAUGAAGAAGGAGAAAAUGCAGAUGAGAUUAUUGAUAUGGAUGAUAUGAUGAAACCAUACAGUGUAAAAAAGAUAACAGCUUCACAGUAUCCAUGGAGGAAGAGUCGAUGGGGUAAAAAUUGUCCAGUUGCACUUUAUGAAGGCAAUGUUAUACCUGGUAAAGCAGAAUAUGCUGUCAGUUUUUUAGAUAAGAUGUACUUCCUUUCAAGUGUAGAAUAUAUGGACAAAUUUUUGCGGAAUCCUCGUCCUUAUCUUUUGAGACCAUACCCAAAAUCACCUUGCAAGAUUUCGAUUUUGGGGAUGCCCAAAUCUGGCAAGACAAAUUUAUCUUACUUACUGGCUGAUAAAUACCAAGCAAAGGUGAUUCAGAUUCAGUUUAAACUGGAUAAUAAUAUGUUCAUGCAAUACAUGUUAUUAUUCUACAAUUCUUUCUCUUUUCUUCCCUCUUUCCAUUUCACAUUUUCUGUUCACUUGCUUUCUUCUUUCUAUUUUCUCCACCUUUUCUUUCUCAGUCUUAUUUAUCUCUCUUAUAAUCUGAUAUUUGACAAAAAACUCACCAGAAUUGAAGAAGUAGAAAAAGAAUCUGAUGUAGAGAGUGAUGAAGAGAAAGAAAAAAAUCUUGAAACCGAGGAACAAGAUCAAGAUGCUGCUGAAGAAAAAGAAAAGAAAGAGUCUAUGCAGGCUUCUGAGCCUGUUUUAGAUGCUGAAAAGACCCAAGAGGAUGAAACGGAAGUGGAAGAAGAUGACUCUUCAGAGGACCCAAAAGUCAUGCAGUCUGCUCAACCUGGAGUUGCUAAAGACACUCAUCAAAAGAGUAACCAAGAAGAUGAGAUUUUAGAUGAAUCCCAAUUAGAUCCUCAAUUUAAAGCAACAAUUGAUGAUGCUAUUUCAAUCAUCAAUGCUGAUCACCCUGAAGUUCAUGAAUUGAUUAAAAAAUUAAUGAAAGACCGUGGAGCACCAAAAAUUAAUCUGCCAGCUGAAAAGGAAUUUGAUAUUCUGUAUGAAAAUAUCUUGAAAACAGAAGAAAGCAAUCAGCAUGGUCAUAUCAAGAGUGGUCGCUGGAUCCUAGAUGGAUCCCCAGCCCAGCCUGAACUUUGGCAAGUGUGUGUUGAAAAUAACUGGCUUCCAGAUAACCUAAUCUGUCUAGUAGAUGACUCUAAGAACUACAGUUGGUUGAUGCAGCAGUGGCUUCAGUCUCAGUCGACAAUUAUUCUUGAUAAUGCAGAUAUAGAUGCUGAAAAUAUAAAGACAGAAAAUUUUGAAGCUGAACUUAAGGAAGUUAAUGAAAAUAAAUCUGAGACAGCUGAUUUAAAAAGCCAAUCCAAAGAACAGUCAAAAGCUGCUUCCAUGUAUAAGGAAAAACUAAAGAAAAGUGAUAAUAAUUUGAAGUUCAUUGUGAGUACAGUGACCGGUAUGGCAAAUCUUGAUCCCUUUACAAUAGACAUCAAUAAUCAAAAGAUUGAAGACAUUUUUGAAAAGGUUUCUGCAGAAAUUGAAAAAACAUUCCAAUACCAGGCAAAUGAGUAUAGUUUAGCAGAGAUGGAUGAGGAUGAUGAACAGUUUGAAGAGGAGGAAAAUGAGGAUGAGGAAAAUGAAGAAAUAGAAGAAGAGGAGGAAGAUGAAAACAUCCACCAUAGCCGUAAAAGACAUUUGGGAAAUACCUCCUAUUUUUGCCCUGUGAUGCUGAAAGAGAAAGGAAUGUUAUGUCCAGGGAAACCAGAAACUACUGUAAAAUACGCAAACAAACUUUAUUAUUUGUCUUCAUCAGAUGCCUUAGAACAGUUCCUCAUGAAUCCAAGCAUGUUUGCUGCACAAGUUCAACCUCCCAAAUCACCUGCAAUAAGAUUUUGCAUCAUUGGUGUCCAUGGAUCUGGUAAAACAGUCUAUGGUCGAUAUUUAGCACGGAAACUGGGAAUAUUCCAUAUCUGUUUUCAUGAGAAAUUGCAAGAGUUGAUUAUAAAGAAAAUUGGCCGAAAAGUUGGACCACAUUAUGAAGAUCCUGGAUCAGAAACUACAUCUGAAGAGUCAGAGAAUGAAGAGGAAGGACUAAGCACUGAAAGAAUGAACACAAGUGAAGAAAGUAAUGAAUAUGGAGAAUUAACUGAAGAGGAAGAAUUAAUCAAAGCCAAUUUGGAGGGAGACACUCCCUUGACUCUUGAACUUAUAGAGAAUAUUAUUUCCCCUUGGUGGUUUCAAGAACCUUUUCGAUCUACUGGAUUUAUUCUGGAAGGUUUUCCCCGAAAUUCAGAUGAAGUUACAGCUAUGCAAGAGUUUGGAUUGUGGUUUGAUGCUGCCAUCAUCCUCAAUGUAGAAGAUACUGACAUUAUUUCCCGACUCCUUCCUCAAAAAAUAGAUGAAUGGAAAAUUAAGAGAGAUAAAAAAAUAGAAAGAUUAGAAAAACAAAAAGCAAAAGCUAAAAAGGAUAAAGAAUUGAGGAUGUUGAAAAGACGAGAGGAACUUGAGAAAGAACUAGAAGAGAGGAGGCGAAUAAAGCAGGCAAAAGAAAAGGAGGCAGAAGAGAAAGAAAAGGAAGCAGCAGAGGAGAAAGAAAAUGAAACAGAUGAGAAUAAAGAAAAGAAUGUAGUAGAGGAAGAGCAAAUGGAAGAGUAUGCUGAAGAAGAAAUGGACAUAGAGAUGUUGUUGCUUGAGGAAUUUCAGGAAGAAGAAGAAGAAGAUAUGGCUGAACUUGAAGAAGAAAAUGAAGAGGAUGCUUAUGACAAAUAUUUUGGUGAAAUUACUGAACAGUUUGAAAUUGAGUCAUCCAAGCUGACAAGUGUCCAAGAAAGUUUAGAAGAUGCCCCAAUUCCUCGCAUUAUGGUUGAUGCAGGCCGAAGGCAGCAUAUUGUUUACUAUGUUCUCAACCGAUCACUUCGACCCUAUGUAGAAUAUCGUCAAAGCAUAUUUGAAAGAGUAUAUCCAUUGAGUGAACAUAUGGCCAGACAACUACUUAACAAUGGAUAUAAGCAACCAAGUUGCUUGGGAUGCUGGUGCCCUGUUCUUCUUCAAGAAAAUGUCAGUAUCCAAACAAUAAAUAACAGCAGGAAUGACAGAUAUCCUUGUAUCUACAGACAGCACAUUUAUUUCCUUUCUUCUACUGAAGCACGUGAAAAAUUCAUCAAAAACCCAUUAGCUUACUUGACAAAAAGUACAAAGCCCAGACCUAUUGUUCCAAUGAAAUUAGCCAUUCUUGGACCACCAAAAUGUGGCAAAACCCAUUUAUGCAACAAAUUUUCGGAAAAGUAUGGAGUGGAACGACUAUCACUAGGUGUUGUGACAAGAAGAAUUCUGGAAACUCAACCCAAAUCUCAUUUAUGUUCUAAGAUCAGGAGUUAUUUAUGUAAAGGACUCUUGCUGCCUGAUGAGUUAGCUAUUGAAGCUCUUGAAAUUGUCCUUCUCAAUAUGACUUGUCAGACCAAAGGUUAUGUUUUUGAUGGUUUUCCACUUACAAAACGGCAAAUGGAACUAAUGACUGCAAGGAAAAUUAUUCCAGUCAGAGUAAUCUUGUUGAAUAUUGAUAGCAUUGAAGUUAUACAACGAGGAGCAUAUGAUCGACUGAAUUUGCCAUGUCCUUAUCUUAAGCAUGACAGUGGACAAGUGUUAGCUAUGAGAUAUCAAGUUUUUCAGAGAGAAAUCAAGCCUGUGAUAGAAUGGUAUGAAAAUGAACACCAAAAUCUCUACAACAUCAAUGGCAUUCAAUCCAAGUGGGCUGUAUGGGAACAAGUAAAAAAAAUAGCUUUGGAUAGUAUUUGGGAUAUACAAGACUAUUUGUUAAAUAUCAAAGAAGGUAAAGCUGCUUCUCUCAGGGGAAUGUGUGUAACCAACAAAGAUUUUAUGGAGCGCUUAGGAGACUUUGGUCAGUUCUGCCCAGUCAGUCUGGUUUUGCACGAAGAACUUGUUGACUGUUCCAAAGAUACUUCAAUGGAUUUAGCUGCUGAAUACAGAGGAUAUUACUACAAAAUGGCCAACAAAGAAAACUUGCAAUUAUUCAUGGAAGAACCUGAAAAAUUUGUUCCUCCAAAUGCGCCCCACGUAUUGCCUCCCGUUGAGUUGUUACCCAGACGUCUUGUACCUCAAGAAGAAGAAAUGGAGCUUGAAUUGAAGGGAUAUUGUCCAGUAACUUUCUUGGAUGGAAAAUGCAGAUAUGAAGCUAUAAUUCCAGGGAAAAAAUCUUUGAUUGUAGAAUAUAAAAAUAAAUUCUACUCUUUUGCUUCAGAAGAACAACUUGAUAAAUUUAUGAGGCUUCCUAGAAAGUAUAGUGACUUGGAGCUACCUCAUAAAUUACCUCCUGAAAUAGACCCAAUAGAUAUAUUACAAUUGCCACACCUUGGUUUCAUGGAACAGGUAGUUGCCACUCCACUUAUAAGAGCUCUUGUUGCUGUAGGCAAUUACAAGCCUAAAUAUCCUUUUCUCACAGUUACACGCUCUGCCCUCCUUUAUGUUGCUUAUCAUCUCAAAGCUUUUAAUCCUCGAAAUUCUGAUUACAUUCGAAAAAAAUACCACCAGAAGUUGAAAAGGUUUGAAGCUGACUGUGAGCUGAUUGGCUAUCUGAGCCAACACAUGACUGAUAAAAGCAUCAGGAACCAAAAAAAGUCUGAAGUAUUUAAGAACAAGAUGGACACAUUCUUUGCUUUAAAUGGAAUUGAACCAAGUUUAACAUGGAUUGCAUGA